AACUCAUUCCUUUAAAUAUGGUUUAAAUGUGCUAGAAGAUGUAGAAACACUCAGAAAAUAACUUUCUAAUACACCAUUGAUUGGCAAUGAUGUGCUAGCUUUUUUCCAGCCGUAACGGUCCACAAAACAUGCCUCUAAAGGGUAAGUGCCCAUGAGUAAACUAUGAGCUUUUAUUUUGAGGAGAAACACCUAAAUGGUUUCUGUUGCCACAGACAUUGACAAAACGAGAGAAACAGGGCCAGUACGAACAAAAUCAGCAAAGGUUAACUGAAUGCAUAUUACAUUCCAGUAGUUGUGGUGUAAGUGUCUUAUGUUAAUGGCAGGUUGUGCCCAGGUUGUGCAUGAGUAUGUGUGAGUGGGGUUGAAGUGAAUGUAGUUCAGGGGUUGGUGCUUUAGGGGGCAGGAUGUGUGUGUUGGGUGUGGGCAGGAUUUCAGAGCACUGUCAGUUGGGUGGUGGUUUCUGCAGGUGCUGUCUACAUAUUCCUUUAUUAGGCUGCUAACCCCUCUGUAUGUUUCCUUGCUGUAGAUGGAUACCCAUGUGAUUCUGCUUUUCUCAGAUUAUGAUCGUCCAAUGUAAACAGUAGCAGCUGACAGAACAUCAACUAUGAGAUGCAGAGAAGAUUGGCAUUAAACAUCAGGAAGUCUUAACUCUUUCUACAAACAAACAAACAAACAAACAAACAAACAAACAAACAAACAAACAAACAAGAGAGGAAUACAGAAAAAUGAUGGGGACAACAGGCAGGAAGCUCCUAUGCAAAGACUAUGCAAACAAGGUUUUCUGGGUUUAAAUGGCAAAAUAAGGAGAAACAAGACUGUCAAGCAUUGAGGGAAUAUCUAAGGUAGAAACUGUGGAUGUGUUUGUGCCCCCUAUAGUUUUAUUCCUUCUCUGUCCUUACUUGCACAAGUAGGCCAAGUUGGAUUAUGCUGAUCCUAUACAGUAUCAAUGAUAGAUUGAUAGAAAAAUCAAUGGAGAAGCUGACUGGAAAGAAGAUUGAAUAAAGUUAUCUCUCUGAAUAUUUUCAGAUGAAGGUUCUUUGAAAAGUAAGACAGAGAUGUAGUGGGUGAAUAGGGCAAGAUACAGUUUCAGAAUGAAGAUAACGUGGAACGAAACAGGAGGAUUGUCUUUGUCCGACCAUAAAACACAAAAGGUUCAGUAACAGGGAAGUGAAAUGAUUUCAAAUGGUUUGACUUUAUCAUCGAUGAACAACUUAUUAUUGUGGUUUCUGAGCUUAGAAGAGUAUUUGUGUGCAAAGAUAAAUGGCUGGAAUUUUAAGUGGAUGAAUGCAUCUCAAUUCAAAAAGUCAAAUUUAAUGAGAAAUCUCUCUUCGCUUUUGAGCUUUUCUUGCCGUAAUCUUGUCUAGGUUGCUACAAUCAUCCUCAAGUCUAAAACGGUAGGUGGUUUUGUAGAGUGCAAAUAUAUUGUGUACACAGUUAUAUAAAUUUCAACACAGGAUGCUAUCUCUUUGAUGUUUAAACAUUUAUUUAUCAGUAACCUGGAAUGACUUCGGGCCUUGACAGAACAAACAUUAGCUCACAUAGUUGUAAAAUAAGUCUCAAAAAAUCAUAAUAAAGCAGGCGUCAAAACGUGGGGGAAUAUGGCAAUAACCCCAGAUUUAUUAGGAAGCUGUGUUUUACUUGUGGUUCAUCCAACACCCAUGAAAAUAGUAAAAAUAAUUCUUAACAGCAAAAGAGAUACCAAGUAAAACCUGAUCACACAUAAUAUAUCAAAUAAACCAUGUUAAAAGAUGAGCUACAGUAACCAGAUCCCUGAAUGGACUCUUUCAGUACGUUUACACAUACAGUAGAGUCAAAAUACAUUAAGAGCCCGAUUAGGCAAUUUAACUGGACUACUGUCCUUGUCUCAGUUAACAUGCACUGGACAAAAAUCAAAUCAUUGACAGAAGCAUCUCUGCAUCUUCAGCUUGUUGCCAAUGGGUUGUUUCUUAGGUUAACCCAUAACGUAUCAAAACAAUCGACAGAAAAUGUUAGCAAAAGGCGAACAGGUGAAACGAAGAGAACUUUUACAACUCUGUACCAUGAGCACGAUACAAAACUGUGAUUUUUUAUGUCCUUUUUUCAUCAGUCCAGGUUAUGUUCACUACCAGGCUUUCCAGCAAGGCAUUUAUGCACUUCAACUUCCAGCUCAGAGCCCAGCGUGUGGACAUCGGAGCAUGGGCAGAACACUGAGACCAGUUUCAGCCUGAUUGAAUUGAGUUGUAUGAAGAGAAAAUCAAACCCCAACCGCAUAAUCCAGGUAUGUUAGUCUGACCAUGAUUAUUUCCAUUAAGCACCAUUUCAGUUAAAUAAUAAAUUAGUUUGAUUGAGUUACAUGUUAACGUACUGCUUGAGUUGCCAGCAGGUUAGACUUGUUGGUGAGCAUUAUCGGUGCCACGAAUCUGAAAUAGAGGCACGGCCCACAAAUUCCAGCAAACAGAGAGCUGGUUUUUCUGGAAUUUCUACUAAAAGCUUCCAAAGAACUACAGAGGAUGGGCUCCCUCUCCUGCCUUGUUCUGAAAGUAGCUAUACCUGAUAGUAUGUUGGUCAUACUGGUCAUAAAAGAGAACAAUAAAAAGUUGAGUGCUGUAAAGUCAUGCAGGCUUUGAUAUCAUGGGACAAACACAGGCACAGUGCAGGCACGAGUUCCACAAAACCCUAGCAAAAUGACCCUGAAAAGAUAACAAAAUUAAGCCUUGUCCUCAUCCACAUAACCAUUUCAGUCCUCUGACUGUCUAGACUAACAGUAGGUGUAUUCCUCUGUCCCUCCCUCAUCACUCAAUACUUGUCUUUUCUUACCUGGCACAUUAUGUUCUAGGCUACAGUUGAGUGGAGGAUCCUAGUGACGACACAACAGAAAGCAAAUUUUAUGGUAUUAAUUCAACCAAUCACAAGCUUCUAUUUAAACCAACCCAGCUCAGGACUUGAACUUCUCCUCCCCUCGCUGGAUGUGUAUGCCGGCUCUGCCCUUCUCUCUUCCUCAUUGUCUUCCACACUGCCUGCUGGCUGGCACAUGCCCAUCCUCCAUUACUGAAUACAGCUGAAUCAAAGAGAGUAAUUAAAAGACUAAAGCUCUUAGGAAAAAAAAAACUCUGCUGAGGACUAUUUUGGGUGAGAAUCUACAAAGCAUCUGUGUUGUGCAUACAUCCACAAGUAAGUCACAUGGCCUCAUUUUCGCUCUCUACUCUCUUGUAAAUAUCAUCUCAACAUUUAUGUUGCUCUUUUCCUUCUCUCUCUCAUUAUCUCUGCUUUAUGCUGUCUGUUCUGUGUCAUUGUCUUCCCUUCUCUGUGUGUUUCUUUUGAUCCCACUGGCUGCUGGUGCUGAUGUCAGAAAUCACAGCGUGCUGAUAUACAUUCAGCUCAAGCUGAGAGAAAAGGGGAGGCGGCAAACUGUCUGAACUUCUUUGUGGCCCAUUGUGAUCAUAACAUAACUCUGCACUAUUAAUAAGUUAAACCAUCAUUUAAUUCUUAACUUUCUAACCCGAGCCUCAUAUCAAAAACAGGCCAACAAUAAGACCACAAAGAACAAGGAAAUUGACCUACAUUGGUCCACUGACUGUUACUGGUAUUUGGUACACUACAGAUAUCAGUCUCUUCUUCUUUAGACAAUACUUCAUUGUUGAGUGCACAAUGGGAGAGAUCAUCACAUUACAAGUUUUUAGGUCACAAGCCAGCAAGUAACACCCCCACACACUUUCUGACUGCACUAGAAUCCAUGUUAUCCUCAGAGAGAAGAGCAAAACCACAUUGACAUUCAAAGAGGGCGGCUGCCUCUGAUCAACUCAAACAUGUUUGCUUUAGUAGUGAACACAAACGGUUCCCAUACAUGUACUGCAGUGUUUAAUACAGAGUCAGGCAUAACGGAAACACUUUAUAAUGCAUUAUAAGCACAUUAACAAAGUCUUAUGAAUGCAUCUAUCAUACUUUAUAACAACUUUAAUGAGUAAUAUAAAUAUUUAUAACAGCUUUUGGCACCAUUUACAAAGUGAUAUAGUGAACAUAAUACCUUACAAAGGGAUGGUUCAUAAUGCAUUAUACUCUGACUUGAUGAGCAGGUUUUUGGACUGUGGGAGAAAGCUGGAGUGAACAUGCCAUCUUCACACAGAGAGGCAACGCCACCAUGCAAACCAUUUUCUACUGAUAACAUAUGAUAGCAACAAAUGCAUGUGCUACAGCACUCGUUGCAUUGUCUAAUCAGUAAGGCUUUUGUCUAGACAGCUAUAUUUUGACUAUAAUGAACACAAGCUGGUAAUAUGACCCCUCUCAGAUCAGUGUGUGUGUAUGUGUGUUUUAAUAAGUUUAUAUAUUUGUUUAAUUCCAAAGUCUUAAUGAUCUGAAAUAUCAACAUUACUAAACCUGACCAUUUUAUUUUAAUGCAGUGUAAUCUGAGCUAUCAAUAUGGAGUUGUUGUAGCAGUUAAGAAUUAAUGAUAUAUCACUGAACUGAAUACAUGUAGCACCUUUUGUUUGCUCAGUUUUGCCCUUAUUUAAUGUGUGACUUCAUUAUAAGACCUGUGGGAUUCGUAACUAAAUAAUAAGACCUCAUCGGUUAAUGCUGGUAACAGAUCAAGCUGUUGAUCCUCUGAUUCUUCUGUUUGCCAUAUGCACAGAGGACAUUAAGCAAUAAAAUUGUGCAAGAAAGCAAUGAGAUAGCUUUUUGUCUAUCUGUCAAUAUUUGGUAUGCAAAUUGAAAAACGUCCAACCAAUGUAACCAGGACACGAGGACAAGGAUCACACAGAUCACACAGCUACCCUAAUUUGAAGGUGGUUGUGACCAUAAUUAGAUGAUUACAGUCCUUACAGGGAAACAAGUCAAGCAGGUAUACAUGAAAAGAAAGCUUAGGUGACAGACUUAGAGAAGUUAUACUGACUACAACAAAAGAUUGCUGUUGAGUACAAUGGUAAGCAGCUCAGGAAGAAACGUGCUGCAGGGAGGUCAAAGAAAACUGGUUGAGGGUAAAUGAGUUGACUGCAAUGAUGGAAUGAGUUCAGAUCAGGGUGACACGAUUUAGUAUAUGAGGGGAUAUCUACCAAACGUUAAUGCUGGUAAUUGAUUAAUUUUAGAGGUCUCUGUACAUAAGUCAGUGCUUUUCAUUAUUUUCAACACUUACAGGGAAAUGAUGGCAGUCUUCUUUGAACAUUUUUAGUACCAAAAGGCCACGAUCAUACAUUAGUGAGUCACCAGACAGCUGCAUGUGUUUUGAAAAGGAGGAUUAUCAGUUCUUCCUUGAGUCAACCUAAGACUGUUACAUGAGUCAGUUGGGUUUGAUCAGUGUACCGAAGCUACUCGAACAUUUCGUAAAAUCCUCCAGCUGUCACGUCUCUCAUGCUAACCGCUUAUUCUCACCUUGCAAAAUUAUCCCAUUUGCUUUAAAAUGUUGAAGCAUGUAGGCAUCACUACUGUAUCACUGCCAUCGCUGACACAGCUCUCGUACCAUUGUCCUAGUUUUUACGCACCUUGCCAAUCUGUUGCAACUUGUCUUGUCUAUGAGAUUAGAGAGUCAUCUUCGUGAGGAAGCUUCAGGAUUAUGAUUAUAAUGCUAAUAAGGGACACCACAGUUUGUUUUUCGUAUAAGUCAGUUUGUAAUUUCAACAUUAAAUCUUUGUAUGCGGAUGAUGUCAAACUCUUACUGUAUGGAUAAGUUCCAUAGACUGUAUACAUUAAUACUAUGAUUAUUAAUGUACUAAUGCUAUUCUAUAUACAGUCUAUGAUAAAUUCUUUUAGGCUGCAUUUUGUACAUACAGUAACUCCUAUGAGUGUAAAGACAAUAGAAAAUAUGCAGGUUUAACACAGCAAUUAAAUGACGUAUAAACACAGCUGCCCAACCCAAUGCCUUUUAUAAUGACUGACUAUUAUUGCAUUGCCCCAGGCUCCACAGGUUCAACAUUUAUAUAGGCAUUUUGGUGUUAAGAGGCGGACUGUGGUUAACUAAGUUAGUAGUAGUAGUCUGUCAUCUUGUAAUCCAAAGGUUGGGCAGAUGAUAGACACAGAGGCAAAUACACGCUGUUUAUAUACCACUUAGAAUCACAAAGUUUUCCUGUUCGCUUCGCUGAAUACAAAGGCAUCAACCCUUUUUUUUUUGCCACAGCCAAGAAAAAAACUAAAAUGAAAUAAAAUAAAAUCUAAACUAUUCAAAUGAACAACAAAAAGAAAAACAAUGUCAGUCAUACUGAUCAGACCAGGAAGUGGCCACUUUUUAACUUUUUAAGAUUUGGUUAUAAAAAGUAAAUGCCCUCUGUUAAGACCAAUUCUCCUCUGUCAUGUGACCUGAGUGUGACCUUUGGUUUGUCGAGAUGAGCACUGGAGCACAUUCACCAUCUAUCCAGGAAUAUGUCAGCAUUUGUUUCAUAUAAAACAAAACGUUUUCUGCUGUGGCUUUGUGGUGUGUUUGUAUGCCACAGCAUCUGGACAUUUAGAAGGCUCAAGUGAGUGACUUCUGUAGAUGAGUGUUUUAAUGCAUCUUUCUCUUGCUUGGUUUUUGAGGAGGUUCAUUUACUGAGAGAGUGAAGAAGUGAGACAAGGAGGGAAACCAUGGAUGAGGAAACUCAGGUAUGACUUUGUGACUUGUGUUGUGCCACAUGAGGGAAUUCAUAGUUAUUUUACAUCUUGAGCCAGAAUGUCUAAAUUAACUAAUGUGGGUUUGUGUGCGUCUGUGUGUGUUGGUAAUAUCUUUGUUUGGUGAAGUGUUGCAAAAAGUUGAAAGUGUGUGUGGCAACAUGCAACAGAGCGGACUACUCUAAGCUGGCUCCUAUCAUGUUUGGGAUCAAGUCCCACCCUGAUGAGUUUGAACUUGAAGUCGUGGUGCUCGGCUCUCAUCUCAUUGAUGACUACGGGUAAGACUACUCAACCAGAUCUUCCUACAAAGCUUGUUUGGCCACUGUCAUCUGCAACAGACCCCAAAGAUGACAGCAUUUUACUGCUGUUAUUGCUUUGAUAAUUUUUAUUUUCCCGUCUUUCUCCUCUGCAGAAACACAUAUCGUAUGAUCGAGCAAGAUGAGUUUGACAUCACAUCUAAGAUUCACAGCAUUGUCAGAGGAGAGGACGAGGCAGCCAUGGUGGAGAGUGUCGGUUUGGCACUUGUGAAACUCCCUGAUAUCUUACAGAGGCUGCGCCCUGAUGUUUUGAUCAUCCAUGGUGACCGUUUUGACACACUGGCAGUGGCCACCGCUGCGGCUCUUAUGAACAUUAGGAUACUUCAUGUGGAGGGAGGAGAGGUGAGGAAAGAAAAUUGGGACAGAGACCCAAAUCUGACUUUUUAUAGUUUUACAAACUGUGUCAUACCUUUUCUGACCUUAACCUUAAAAUCUCACAACAUGCAACAAGAUAUUAAAACAGGACACAACACAACCUUAAUCAAGUAAUUGACACAGACCUACAAAACUUAUCUUCACACUGGUAGUUGAAGUUCUUGAUUUGAUCUCUGACUGUACGACCUUCUGGCAUCUAAAAACUUCCAUCCCUUGCUCUUCACUCCAGGUUAGUGGCACAAUUGAUGACUCAAUCCGUCAUGCCAUCAGUAAAUUGGCCCAUUAUCACGCCUGCUGCACGCGCACUGCAGAGCAGCAUCUCAUCGCCAUGUGUGAGGACCACUCUCGCAUCCUGCUGGCCGGUUGUCCUUCAUAUGACAAACUGCUGUCCACUCAUCGGCGAGAUGACUACAUGGAUGUGAUCAGGAGCUGGCUGGGUAUGUGAGGACAAACUCAUGUGACAUGUACAGUGUAUGAUGUGAGACUGUAGAGUUGUCUAUAUCUUGAUUGUGGGAUUUUCAUUCAUAUUGCAGGUGACAAGGUGCAGGACCAUGAUUACAUAGUGGCUUUGCAGCACCCGGUUACCACUGACAUCCAGCACUCUAUCAAGAUUUACGGUCUGAUGCUGGAUGCUCUGAUCUCCUUCAACAAAAAGACCCUGAUCCUUUUCCCUAACGUUGAUGCUGGUGAGUUCCACAUACUGACCAUCAAUUUCACUAAAUAAUAAACAAAUUUGACCCCGUGUGCGUUUAUGUAAACAGGAAGUAAGGAAAUGGUGCGUGUGUUGAGAAAGAAGGGCAUCGAGCAGCACCCCAACUUCAGAGCAGUGAAGCACAUUCCCUUUAAGGAGUUCAUCCAGUUGGUGUGUCAUGCUGGCUGCAUGAUUGGAAACAGCAGCUGUGGAGUACGAGAGGCCGGAGCCUUUGGCACACCUGUCGUUAACGUGGGAUCACGACAAACGGGCAGAGAAACAGGUAGGUGUGAGUUAAAAAGCAACUGUAAGAUGCCUCGGCAAUAGUUUGAACCUUUACUUUUUCACCCUCAAAGCAGAAGAUGGUAAAGAUCAUUGUGGUGAAGGCUUGGUGCAGCUCUCCGAACUUUGUUUUUAGAACUCUUAAUAAUUAAAGAAGUUUGCAAACUACGUGUAACCAAGGCUCAAUUUUGAGAAUAACACACCGUGGAUGCACUCAUGAGAACAAAUGUCUUUAUUAAAUACAUUUUAUUGAAGCAGAGAUCAGCCAAGAGGGCAGUCUUUUGAUCUGUCAUCUAUUGUGAAUGAUUGUUGCUCUGAGAGAAAAGAAAAUUCUUAAGUGUCGUGAACAUUUUGUUCAUUUUAAAAAUGGAUGUAGACUUUGGAAGUGAACCAAGCAUCAGGUCACUGAAUGAAUGAACCUCUUAUGACACCUGUCACUUCACCAGGUGAAAAUGUUCUUCACGUCAGAGAUGCUGACACACAAGACAAGAUCUGCCACGCCCUACAGCUACAGUUUGGAAAGAGAUACCCCUGGUAAAACCUGUUUUUUAAUUAUUGAAAACUAUGCUUCAGAAUGCAAAGCUACAAUGGUGCUGUGAAAGAACAUUGUGUCACUGUUUAACAUAGUUAUGUGUUUUUGAAAAGGGGUUGAAUAAGGUAAACAAAGGCGUCUUCAUGUCUUUCAUCAGCUCUAAAGUUUACGGUGACGGCAACGCGGUGCCUCGUAUUCUCAAGUUUUUGUGCUCCAUUGACCUGAAUGAGCCCCUCCAGAAGACUUUCCGUUUUCCCCCUGUGAGAGACUCCAUCACCCAGGACAUCGACCACAUCCUGGAGACACAGGCGGCUCUUGUGGUUGACCUGGGAAGGACCAACCUCACAGUGGCUAUCAUCUGCCAAAGGGUAAACUGCAUGGACUGUUAUCGAGCUGUCUGUCUUGAUAGUAGGAUUGCAACUAAUGACUUUUUUUUUACCAUUACCAUUUAACAUUAGCUCUUAUUUAGCUAUCAGGGUCUGACUAAACCAAUCAACAGAUACAGUCUUUAUUAUUUCAUCUUGAGUUGUAGCUGUCUAAUUUAAUUACAAUAGAAUUAUGUUUCUAUAUUCAGUCUAAUUCAUCUUUAAUUCUUAGAAACAUGAAGAUAAAAUUAUUCUAAAAGUGUUCUUUCCAUCUUCUUCUAUGCCUUCCUUUCCUUCGUCUCUGUUUAGGGUAAGAUCAUCAAGAGGUACAACGAGGCCAACCCACAGACACUAAAGGCCAGGAUGCAGCUCUUAUUAAAGAUGUGUGUAAAUGCCUCACAGGAUGCCAUCGGCCUCAACUGUAGAUUAAUUGGUGUUGGUAAGACUAAACAGAUAUUAUCACUCAGUUAAAUUGACAAAGUGUACUGAAACCCAAUUCUCUAAAAUCCUUUGCUAUCCUGUGGGACUAUUAAAGGAACAUCUUAUCUUAUCUUAUCUUAUCUUAUCUUAGGAGUGUCCACAGGUGGCCGUGUAAAUCCCCAGGAGGGUGUGGUCCUUCACUCCACAAAGCUGAUCCAGGAGUGGUCCUCUGUGGACCUGAGGACACCCAUCUCUGACGCCUUGCACCUUCCUGUCUGGGUCGACAAUGACGGCAACUGUGCUGCUCUGGCAGAGAGGAAGUUUGGUCACGGGAAGGGAGUGGAGAACUUUGUCACCGUCAUCACAGGAACAGGUGGGAACACCAAUGAUUUAAUAGGGAGUUGAUUUAUCAAUAAAUGUGCUCAUCACAGGAAUAAAAGCAAAACAGCAGGUGUUUUGUUGAGGUGACAUUUCCACAUCGAAAUCAACCAGGAUCAUACCUUCCUUAGUUUUCCAGUGGGAGCCUUGAAUCAUGAGAUUGUGGUUAUAAAUUGUCUUUUUUGGAAGAAAUGAUUGAGUGAAUAUUUUGUGUGCAUGCAGGUAUUGGAGGAGGGGUUAUCCAACAGAAUGAACUGGUCCACGGCAGUACUUUCUGUGCUGCAGAGCUGGGUCAUGUUAUAGUUUCAAUGGACGGCCCCGAGUGUUCAUGUGGCAGCAGAGGGUGCAUAGAGACUUAUUCAUCAUGCAUGGCUCUGCAGAAAGAAGCUGAAAGACUACAGGAAGGUGAGACUUUCCCCCAUUCUUAAUGAGGAGUGCCCCUCCACCUAAGAUCUCCAGGAGUCUACAAGAUGUUUGAUGUUUAUUUUACAAUCUCAAAACCCUGGUGGUGAGCAGGUGCUUCAGAGUAAACUGUAUAUCCUCAUGAUUUUCUUUUGUUCACUCAUAGGAAUCUUAAAGAAUCUCUAACUUGUGGUUAAUUUAAAGGGAUAUUCUGGCAUAAAAUUAAUUUAGGGUCAAACACACCGUAGCACUGAGUUAGACACCGCCUCCAGAGAUGAAUGUUGCUGCUUCUCUGGUUAUACUAACUUAAGUAACGACCACUCGAUAGCAAUACACAGCCGUCUGAGGAGCCAUAAACAAACCUCAACCAAAAAGCCACUCUAUUGCCACAAAUAAUGCUCAGAACAGCACCUAACUUCAUCAACUGUACAUGUAGGGUCCUAACCACAGCACUAGCCACCAAACAUCUUUCUAGCUUUGCCUGAUUUCUUUAGCAAAGAGACUAAACACAACUCACCUACUCUCCUCCAGCAGCUGCUUGUUUGUAGCUAGACUUUGGGCCAGUUCAUUACGGACUGCUGCAGGGUGACACAGCUCAAGGAAGAACAUUUCCGAUCAUUUCUUUAUGGAAAUGCAAUCAGACCGAGAUGCUAAGGCAGAAGAACUACCGUGUCUGCAGUGCAAAAUGAUUAAUAUGAUGAUGAUGAAGAAGUGAUCAUAAAUGUUCUUCCUUGAGCUGUGUCAUGCCCGCAGCAGUCCGUAAUGGACUGGCCCGAGGUCUCGCUACAAACAAGCGGCUGCUGGAAGAGAGUAGGUGAGUUGUGUUUAGUCUCUUUGCUAAAGAAAUCAGGCAAAGUUAAAAAGAUGUUUGGUGGCUAUUGCUGUGGCUGGUGCCCUGCAUGUACUGUCGAUGAAGUUAGGUGCUGUUCUGAGCAUUAUUUGUGGCUGUUUUGGUUGAGGUUUGUGUGUGGCUCCUCAGACGGCUGUGUAUUGCUAUCGAGUGGUCGUUACUUAAGUUAGUAUAACCAGAGAAGCAGCAACAUUCAUCUCUGGAGGGGGUGUCUAACUCUGUGUUACGGUGUGUUUGACCCUAACUUAAUUUUAUGCCGGAAUAUCCCUUUAAGUGUUUUUAGAAUUUUCAGUGAAUUUUGUUAAAAUCCAGGAGGAUGCAGAAAACUCAGUGAAGGAGCCACAUUUUAGUUACAUUAACUGGUGCUUAAUAAACGUCACAGAGGGCUUUAUACCGUCAGUCAUCAUUUAUAUGUUUUCAUCUGCCUGUCCUCCAGAGGAGCAGCUUAAGGUGGAGGGGACGGAUGAGUCAGUUACUGCUUUACAUCUCAUCAACGCAGCCAAACAAGGGAACUCCAGAGCUAAGGCUGUUCUCAAUAAGGGUACGAGCACAAAGGAAAGACACACACAUGCAAAUUGUUGUUUGUUCCACUCCCACUGUAGACAAAUCUGACAAACCUCCGGGAGUUAACAAGCUGCCAUUACCACUCAAAACACCCACUCCAUGACAGUCUAUGUAACUUUACUUUCACUUAUAAAUAGAUAAUAAAUGUCUAAGUGAAAGCAAAGUAAAUAGUGUGGGAUAAUAAAAUCAGCUGCUGACUGAUUAUUGUAACUAACUAACAUCUUUCUCUCUACAGCGUCCACAGCUCUGGGUAUGGGCAUCAUUAACAUCAUCCACUUAAUGAACCCCUCUCUGGUGAUUCUGUCAGGGGUCUUGGGCUCUUACUACCAGGCUCCAGUGCAGAGCAUCAUCUCUGAAAAAGCCCUCGCCUCUGCGCAGAAGGUCAAAGUUGUGGCAUCACUCUUGGAGGAGCCUGCUUUACUCGGAGCAGCUAGCAUGGUGUUAGACUACGCAACCAGGAGGAUAUAUUAAAAGACAUAAGCACUUCUUCAGUGAGACCGUUGACUGUAUAAAGAAUAUAUGAAGUCUGAGGGUGAGACUGCUGCCAACAAAUGACCUCAAACCUGAAACUACUACUGUCCAGUGAGAUACAAGAGCAUAUCUGAGGGAUACUUUGUAAAUGUAUUAUUGGAAGGCCUCACUGCACUUUUUUAAGUCAUAUGGUUUGUCCCUUCUCUAUUUAAAUCCUUUUCGUUUUUUAUUUGUAUUUUAUCUAAAAAUAUACUUUUAUUCCCACUUUUGUAAAAGACUUUCAGUGUUGGAGCUGGAAAAGAAAAUGUGUUACAUUUCUUGUCUUCUCAUAAACACCAUUAUUGUGGUGCUGAGGAGAAACAAGUUUAUUUUUUGAUGGUUGUGGUUUUAACUUAUCUGCCUCUUGACAACAUGCAGCCAAAUAGUUUAAAAGCAAGAUUUCUUUUUGCUUUAAGAGAUAUUUUGUUUACAUGUUUCAUAUGGGCAACUAUCCAGUACUGUAUGAAUAACAACCAAAAUAUUAAAUUUACAUUUUCUUUGUUACUGUCUCUAUUUGUAUUUGUAUCUACACAAUGCUGCUUAUAUGUUGAAGCUACAUCAAAUACUGAAGAAUUUCCACACGGAUGUAAACUGAACCAUUUCAGCUAGGACAUGCUGUACUUUGAUAAGGUAAACAAAUUGUGUGGACCAUAGGCUGUCAUUGUGCAAUUUAAAAGAUAAUUAGAGCAAAAGUAUCCAUUGAAGAGACAUUUGCAUUGGACUUUUCCUGAUUCAACUUCUAUCAAAUUUCCCCUCCGGGAUGAAUAAAGUUAUUUAAUCUUUAUGUUCAAA